AUGCCUCCACAGAGGGAGAGAAGCAAUCUGAAGAGAGAAAGGGGCAACGCAGUUCCAGACCAUGAAUCAAAGAAGCCACGGAGAUCUCCCCGAAUCUCAUCUCAAUUGCAGCAGGAUGCCGGAUAUCUACCUUCUCCCCUAGUUAAUGAGGUAAUCUCGGAAGAAAAGCGUGAAGUUGCUACUGUUUCUCCCCCAGAAGGCCGCCGAAACCAGGCGCCUCGAGGCCAAUCGCCAGACGAGUCUUCAUGUCCCACCCAGGGUUUCUCUCAGUAUCCCCCAAUCCAAUCCAUUGACGAUGUGGAAGACGAGGUGGCCCAGGGCAUAUGGGGAUAUCUUACCCCGCUAGAUAACAAUUUUGGAGGCCAAUUGGUCCUGAAGAAGCGGGACAGCACAAAUACUACACCGGUAAUUGGAGCGGCAUCAGACAUAUCAACACCGGAAAGCACCACUUCGAAGCGUGGAACUAGAGAGAUAAACCGCGCUGGGUAUCUCAUAGGCCGGCACGCAGAGUGCGAUUUCAGGAUCAAGCUCCCCACGAUAUCCAACCGCCAUUGUCUGAUAUUCCACGAAAACAGGGGAGGAGACUUUGUUGCAAUUGUAGAAGAUCUCUCUAUCAAUGGCACUUUUAUCAACGACGCCAUCAUCGGCAGGAACAAACGCCGAGAGCUCGAAAAUGGCGACGAGAUUACCAUCUUGCAAGAAUCCAGAUUCAUCUUCAACUACCCGCGGAGUAGGAACACAAGCAAGUUCCGACAGCAGUAUAAGCUCUUCGAUAUGCUGGGCAGGGGACACUUUGCCUCAGUUUAUCUAUGCGCUGAACGUUCUACUGGGGUGAAGUAUGCCGUCAAACAUUUUGAGAAACGCCCAGGCGCUGUUCAGAGGCUAGACCGUGAGGCACUACAGCAAGAGAUUUCAAUGCUGAUGAGCGUCAACCAUCCGAAUAUGCUGUGUCUAAAGGAUACCUUUGACGAGAGCGACGGUGUUUACCUCAUUCUUGAACUUGCGCCAGAGGGUGAACUGUUCAACUGGAUCAUUAGGCAUCAGAAACUCAGCGAGGAGGAGACACGAAAAGUAUUCAUUCAGCUUUUUGAAGGUUUGAGAUACCUGCAUGAACGAAAUAUCAUUCACCGUGACAUAAAGCCAGAGAACAUUCUGGUUGUCGACAAAGAUCUUACCGUAAAAUUAGCAGAUUUCGGCCUCGCAAAGAUUGUCGGUGAACACUCCUUCACCACCACGCUAUGUGGAACGCCUGGCUAUGUUGCUCCUGAGAUACUGGCAGAAAACGCUGAAGCCAGGAUGUACACCCGGGCCGUUGACAUCUGGUCACUCGGAGUGGUACUCUACAUCUGCCUCUGCGGAUUCCCUCCUUUUUCAGAUGAGCUGUACCACCCAAGAGACUACCCAUACACUCAGAAAGAGCAGAUCCAGCUCGGAAUCUUCAAGUACCCUUCCCCAUACUGGGACUCCGUCGAUUAUAAAGCCAUGGACCUUAUCGACUCCAUGAUCGAAGUCGACGUGAAGGAGCGUUUAAAGGUUGAUGAAUGUCUCGAGCACCCAUGGAUCACCGGCAUCGACCCCGAUGAGCCUAGGGUGGCAGACAGCACCGAUGACCUAGCUGGGGCCAUCGGUGGCCUCAGGGUGUCAAAAGAACGUCGACCAACUAUGGUCCGCAGGCUGCUGAGUGAUAUACAUGAAGUCACGGUCAAGCAGGUAGUGAAGACAAAGGAAGAUGACCCUGCUUCCCAGAACAUAACGAUAUACCAGAAUCAUCCUGUGCCUCGAGCCCAGGAGCCCAAACCGGCUGGCAACCGGAACUCAAAGGAGUUCAUGGAAUUGGGUGGAAGUGGAGACCAGGUGUUAUUUGAUGAGCAGUCUGACGACUCGCUGGAGCUUGAGAGUGAGGCAAGGAAGCCGGUUGUCCAUCAGGACGACGCAGACAAGACCCCACGAGGAAGAAAGAGGUAG